AUGAAGUACGACAGGUUGGAGAGCCUUGACGAUGUCGAGGAGGAUCCUGUGACGAAGCUGCCGAAGGGUGUCGAGGGCGCCGGCAAGUAUACGUUUAUGAAGGAGACGCUCCGCAGGAGCAGGACGGCCAUGAGGGACGACGUCGCACAGUUCGAGGCGAUCGACAAGACCUUCGAUGAGAAGAAGCCGAUCUUCCCGGAGGCCCUGAGAGCGUCAUUUCUGCUAGAGAACGCGGGCCCCGACGACCAUGAGAGGCCCCAGGUGCUGGCAUCGGAGCAGUACAAGUAUGAGCAUCAUAAGAUCCAGCAAACCCUCGGCCUGCAGCUCGACAAGAAGCCACAGUUGCAGAGCCGGAAGAACUACGCGGCCGAGGGCGAGGACGAGUAUUACGGAGAAGAUGAUUACGGUGACGAAGAGGAGCCUGGUCAGCUGGACCUACAGAGCGAUGGCGCCACCGCGUGCGCUCUGGCGGAGGAUGAGGACGUGAACUACCAGCUGCAGGAUAUCUGCGACCAGGCCGGAGAUGACAGAGAUCUCAGAGAAGUGCUCCUCGAGUGCGCUGCGCUGGGCAUGGGCGCCGGCCGCUGUCCUCCACAGUCACGUGGCUCGCCGAGCCAGAGCUCUAACAGCAAGGAUUCGAGGGCGGACCCGAACACGGUGUGCUUCAGGUGCGGUGGCAAGGGCCGCAUCGCCAAGGACAGCAAGAAUGCGACCGACACCAUCACAGAUGCGACCGACACCAUCACAUAUCCUGCCGGCAUCAUCACAGAUGCGACCGACAUCAUCUCGCAUGCGACCGACAUGAUCACAUAUGCGACCGACCUCAUCGCAUAUGCGACCGACGUCAUCACGGAUGCGACGGACAUCAUCAUGCAUGCGACCGACAUCGCCACCGAUGCGACCGACAUCGAUGAUCCGAUCGAGACCGAGGUUGCUCAGGGGUACCUCCAGAAGGCCUCAGAGUACAUCCGGGAGAUCCAGUUUACCGAAACAUUCGAAACGGGCGCGGGCAGCCUUCGGCCCGCGUCGCAUCCCAGAGCCUGCCUCAAGACGCGGCUGGCCCGGGGCGCACUGGGCCGUGGACGGGGGCGGCAGGUGGCGGCGGCGGCGGCGCGGGCGGGGCCGGAGCCUCGGCGGCCGCGGGCCGCCUCGGACGGGCGGGACCUGAAGCGGCGGCCGCGCGGCGACGAGCCACGGCGUCCAGGAAUACUGAAGCAGCACUACGGGCCUCACCGACCUGCGGGCGAGGACUACCACGACCCCGACCCGCUCGACCACGUGCCCAGGCAGAUCAUCGUGGAGGAACGCGGCCAGAAAUGGAUCAAGUCGCACGACCCGCCGAAGUCCAUGCUGGAGAUCUGGGAGAUGCCCCAGGAGAAUCUGCCGUUCUGCCCGCGCCUUCGCCUGCACAUCUGGGGCAACUACAAGCUGCUCAUGAAGGCCGAGUACCUCUUCUUCUACAUACCGACCAUCAUCAUCCUGGGCCUGGUGAUCCCGGCAUUCACCACGAUCUACGCUCUGGAAGAGGCGAUGUGCACCACGAUGGUGGUCAAGGUGACCGGGAGGCAGUGGUACUGGGUCUACGAGGUCGAGUCUCCCACGGACGACGGGGACGACGACGAGUGAACGGGCCCCGCGCCCGGCAUCGCCACCCCGCCAGCCACCUGCGAGUCUGCAGUGUGUACGGCACACUGGCCAGGGGCUCGCUGUGCACCGAGAGAGGGGGGGGGGGGAGGGGGGGUGCGCGCUGAAGGUUCCAUUGCAGUCGGGAGGGGGCCAGUCCCGUGGCAGCCCCCUUCCCGCGACUGGUCGGUUCGCGGUCGAAACAGCGAGAGGCCGCUCUCGUUUUCCUCCUGGUUAUGCCCGUGCUUCGUGUCCCUCCUCCUCCUGCUCUUCCUCCUCCUCCUCCUCCUCCUCCUGUUCCUGCUCUUGCUCCGCUCCCUUCCUCCUCUUCUUCCCCCUAGUUCUCCUCCGGGAUGUCCUUCGGGGACCCUCUG